AACAGACAAUUAGGAAAAGGAGGGCAAAAUUCAUGACACUGAAAUCGCUGGUGAUGCACCAAGACGUCUCCUUCAUGGCCGGUGUAUGAUGAAUGGCUCAGCGUCGCAACCAAGUCGUCAUAGCCGUUCAAAUCGACCAUCUCUGAAUUGCACCGUCGCAUUAUCGCCAUAUGGAGCCCAAAACAAGCGCAAAUGACCCCACAACAAGUCCCAAUGAUACAUCAACAUUCCUCGUGCUCGCCGCUUCACUGGCAUCAUCGGACGCAUGGGCUGUCGCAGCAGUUGCUAUCAAAUUAACUGGACUCCCAGAAUUCGUGGCCGUCAUUGUGCGCAGACUCGAGGAAGAUGCGCUGCUAGAGGCGCUAGAUGAGCUAGGAGUGGUGGACGUGGCGGAUGUGCUUGAUGGAGUUGCGAUUGAAGUGGAAGGCGAGGAGGUCGAAUCGGUUGUGGACGUGGCUUGGUUCGCAUAAAUCACCGUUACCGUGGUUGUCGCCGUUGGUGAAGGCACUUCAGUCUCUGCGACAGCGAGCGACGUCGCAGAGAGGAAGAAGAGCGAUGCAAUCGCAUUGGCUUUCAUUGCGUUCGUCUCUGGAGAUGCCACGUGCGAGAUGGACUCGAUGGAGCGCUCUUCAGCAAAGUACACAUCAGAUGAAGAUGAGCAGGGAAAAACCCAGAUGCGAGACCCAGGAGUGUUUGUCCAACCCAGGGGAGUCCCAAUCUAGGGUGCGACACUGACGGUUUCACCACGACAUUUCAGGAGGACGGUGGUUUGCAUAAUUUCCAGGCUAGUCUGUAAACAGGUAGCAAAUAAAACAGGGCUAAUAUAACUAUAUUAAAAGCCAUAUUGAAG